AUGGAGCUCAUACCGACACUGCCCAUGGCCAUGGCCUUGGUCACCAUCCUCAUCGUCCUCGUCCUCAGCUCCGUCUUGUCACGGCGCCGCCAGAGUGAGGCCUUGAACCUCCCGCCGGGACCUCGGGGCUGGCCAGUGCUCGGCAGCCUCGGCGCCCUCGCGGGCGCGCUCCCACCGCACCGGGCUCUGGCCGAGCUCGCGGCGCGCCACGGCCCGCUCAUGCACCUCCGUCUCGGUUCCUACCACGCCGUCGUCGCCUCCUCCGCCGAUGCCGCCCGGCUCGUCCUCAAGACACACGACCUCGCCUUCGCCGACCGCCCCCGCACCGCUGCCGGCGAGCAUGCCGCGUACGGGUACCUUGGUAUCGUGCACACCCCGUAUGGCGCAUACUGGCGUAUGGCGCGCAGGCUCUGCGCCACCGAGCUCUUCUCCCCACGCCGCGUCGACUCGUACGAGUAUAUUCGGAAACAGGAGCUCCGGGCGCUCGUGUGUGGCUUGUUCGAAUGCCGCGGCCGUGCCAUUGCGGUCCGGCAGCACCUGGCGGACGCCACGCUGCGGAAUGUCCUCCGCAUGUCGAUCGGGGAGAAGUGGUCGGGCUGCUACGGCAGCGCCGAGGGUGAGGAGUUCCGGCGCACGCUUGACGAGGCGUUCGCCGUGACCGGAGCGGUGAGCAACGUCGGCGAGUGGGUGCCAUGGCUCGGGUGGCUCGACGUGCAGGGCUGCGUCCGGAGGAUGAAGCGGUUGGGCAAGGUGUACGAUCGGUUCCUCGAGAGGAUUCUCGACGAGCACGACGAGGAGCGACGCAAGGUGGCGAUGGCUACCGGAGCAGGCCACGGCGAGUCCGCUGCAGCGAGGGACUUGGUGGACGUGCUGCUGCAGCUCGCCGAUUAUGCAUGGUAA